AUGGCGGCGACCUGCGCCACCGGCCGCGACUUCUACGUCGGUGGCCGCCCUGUGUUCAGGUACAACGUACAAGGGCGCGGACGCCGUGCUGGUGGUGAGCCAGGGCCACUACGACGCCUGCAACGCCACGGAGCCCGCGCUCCGCCUCGACGACGCGACUCCAGCUUCGUGUUCCACGCCUCCAGGCCAUACUUCUUCAUCAGCCCCGAUGCAGCGCGCUGCAAGGCCGGCGAGCGCCUCAUCGUCGUCGUCCUCGCCGUCCGCGACGCCGGCAGCGACGACGGCACGUCCUCCUCGCCGCCGCCGCCGAAGCCGUCGUCGUCGCCAGCGCCACUGCCCAAUUCCACGUCGUCGCCGCCGCCUCCCGGUGCCUCACCUGCUCAGCGCGCGUUGCUCGCACCGCCGCUGUCCAAGUCCUCGUCGCCGCCGCCUCCUGCUCCGCAUGCCCUGCCUACACCGCCGCCGCCGCGUCCUGUUCCGGGCAAGAACGCUUCGUCGCCGUCACAGUCGCCGGUGCCGGCGCCCGCGCCUGCGCCUGGCACGAACGGGACGUCUUCGCCACCGCCAUCGCCGUCGUCCGCCGUAGCCUUCAGGGGUGGCUUCCUGGCGUGCCUGCUAAUCGGCGGAGCAGCUAUUCUCGUUUGA